AUGCUCACGUUGAAACAGCCAGUACAUUACGGGUACCGUACCGUCUAUGAUCUACCGACACCUCCUUCAACAUCACGACCAUCACCCCCCGUGACUAUACAGGAAAUUCCUCAAAACGUCUUACCGCCACCUCCCGCCAGAAACAGCCCAUCUUGCCAGGAAAUGUCAGCACCUCAUCGUGGUUUGCCUCUACCGGCAGCCAUGACUCUACCACAACCUAAUCCCCCUCCCCCAGGUCAUGCUCCAGGACCUGGCCAUGGACCCGUUCCAGUAUCACACCCACACCCACAUGCGCAACCGCCACCGCCCUCGCUGCCGCCCUCCCAAAGUCAUUCUCUUGGCAUAUUGCCAGCAGCACCUCAAUGGCAAGGGCAGGGUGCAGAGGAAUCCAUGAGGACGUGGCUGGUAGCGAAAACGGAGGAGGAGAGGAGAAGACAAGAAGAAGAAAAGACCAGACAAGAGGGUUUGCGACUGGAACAACGGAAGCUCGAAUACGAUAUGCUUCGAACGUCCUUAGAUCGCGGUAUCCCGCCGCCUAUGGUUCCGGUUGUGUUUGCUGGGAUGAGCGGUGGGAUUCUUCCCCAGGCAGCCUUGGAGUGGGCGCAACAGUAUUUGACGCCACAGCAUGGCCACCAACAACAGCUUCUCCCGGCCCAAGGACCUUUUUCGCCCGAAGACAGGAGAGGUUCGCAGUCGUACGGGCCCUAUGCUGGUUCCGUUGGCGUGCCUUCGACGCCAGGCUCGGGACCUGGACCGCAGAGUGGAUUCGUGCCGUAUCAAGGUCCAGGCUCGCCGACUAGAGCCAGAGCACAUACGAUGUCGGUCGCUGGAGCCGUCGGCAGACCCCUCGGGAGUUCUCUGCCACGUUUGGCCACUGGGGAGAUGAUCACAGGGCCAGCCGGAAUCCAAUCUCACACGCAAACCAUGGGACAACACCAGCAAUCAAGCUCGCAGCAAGAAACGCAGUCUCCUAGCAUUUAUUUCCACCAUUGGCAACCCCCUACUUCCCAGGCAGUUUCCGCACAACCUGGGACACCUUCUGUCGACUCGCCGAAGAAACGAAAAGCCACAGGGCCACAGCAGGCAGCGCCUCCUCCGAGUACACAUAUGAGUAGAAGGUCGCCCCCUUUCGGUCAUUCAGCAGGCUCAUCGACGCUCUCAAAUCCGCCGCCCGGUCGCCGUCGUGGGCAUUCACGGCAAAGAAGCGACCUCUCUUCGUAUAGGUCAACAGGCCGUGGACGGGGAGAUAGCUUCGGCCCCAGCCGAGCAUUGUCACCCGGCUUGGGCACGCCACGUGAGGGUGUGCCAUUUGAGCAAUCCAUACAAGGACGUACCAAUGCCCACUCGGUAUCGUCAUUGCUAUCGUCUGAUCAGCCGUCGCCCCGGUUUGGCCCGGAAAGAGGAGGACAUGAAGGAUCCGAACGAAGACCGUCGCCACCGUCAUCUGACGAGAGAAGGCGUGGACCAGCACGUCUUGAACGAGACAAUGAAUGA